AGAUUUACCUCAGAGUUACCUCAGAGCUCUGUGGGGAUCAAGGGUGAGACGCACACCUGCAAAGAUCAGCCGCUGAUGGGGGAGACGCGAUGGGACAGAAAAGCUGGGCUGUGUCACUAGCCAGCCAGCAGUGAGCAGUGUAUUUUGGAAGAGUGAGCCAGCAACCAGGAGUGGCACCCCUGCAAGCGACACCCCUACCACUGGGGUUCGAGCAGUAAGUUCCGGUCCAAGAGUUGAUCCCGGGUACAUCCACCUGCACCUGUACAACACAUCCAUCAUAUUUGCCUGUUACAACUUGGCAUCCACGAACAGGAUUCAGGAUGUCGGAACCAUAGGAACCUCAGACGCCCGCAUCAAACUACAGUCUAAAGGAGGCUAGUCACUACCAGCUGCAAUAUCACAGGCUGCACAAAUCACAAUGCCUUAUUAUUUUGGGGGCCAUGGCUUCCCAUAUACUCGGGAGAUACUAAAACAGAUGGCGCGAGUUCUUUUAAAGAAUUUAAAGAAAAAUUAAGAUCUAUGUUCAGGCUGCACCCCCUUAAUGAGGAACAAAAAGCGGAGGUCAUCAUUGGGCAACUAAAAGGUGCAGUAUUACAGGAAGUAAGAUCCUGGUCUGAUGAAGAACGAAAGACAGCUGACGGCAUCUUGAAUAAGUUGGCCGGUAUCUUCAACUUACAGACAAUUGCAGACUUAAAGGGAUGUCUGUAUGCCCGGAAGCAACAACCACAUGAGUCUCUACAAGAGUUCGCCCUGGGGCUACAAGAAGCCAUGCGGGCGAUACAGGCCAGAGAUCCAAGAGAGGCUGAGGAAGCGGAUGAGACCAUGAUAAACUUGCUUAUAGAAGGAGCUAGAGGAGAAACAACAAGAGCCCAGUUGCGUAUGUGUAGGCGUCAAAACCCUGUGUGCACCUUCUCGGAGUUUAAGGAGGCCAUGAUGGACAUUUUAGACCUUAAUCAAAAUACAGAUGUCGAGUAUGGAACUGUGCCGGGGCCACUGGAGAGUGAAGUGCAUGGAGAUUCUCAAUUAAGUCCAAUGGCUUUGUUUCCAGAGGAACUGCCAUGCAACAGUCACAUGUUGGGUAAGACCAAGUGGGGGUGUCGUCCACGAGAUGAUGAAAGAGUUAAAAAAAAAUAUGGCUGGAAAAGGCUGAAGCUAAAUGCAAGGGAUGGCACUGGGAUCAAGGUGGAAAAGGAUGACAGCGGUGGGAUGUGCCACGGGAAUCGGGGCGACGCCCCACAGACCAAUUUGAUGCCCAAGGAAGAUCUAUAUACAGGCUGUGCAAACAGAGUGGCCACAUCGAGAGGCAGUGUCCCAAUGAGUCUUUAAACAACCCGAUCCUGAGGCGAGACUGACCCUCGGGAGGAGAUGCAUCAGUAGGUCCAUCAAAGCUGGGGUGGUGGCCUCAAUAUGUCGGAGAGUGUCCCCACCUCAAAGUUCAAGUUAAUGGAGUGGAGGUAGCUGCUCUCCUGGACAAAGGCUCACAGGUGAUGAUGAAACAACUUGCUGAGUUUCAGAGACACUGGGACGAAUCUGAGAUAGUCAGCCCACCGAAUACCUGGUUACACCUAUUGGCCAGUAAUGGACAACAAAUCAAGUUCCGCGGCUAUUGGGAGGCUGACCUUACUAUCGGCAAGGCUAACAUGGAGUGACAAGGGUGUCUGAUCACCACUACAUACAAUGAAUAUUUACCCCUGGUCAUCUUAGAGAUGAACGUGUUGAAGAACUGUUCGGAUGCCUUGGUGGAGGCUUUUAAACUGGAAAUGCGGUCGGCGGCAUUGAUGGGACGGAAGACUUCAGCAGUCAGGUUGCUUGAGGGGCAAAAGAGAUUCACCAACUUGAGGGGAGAAGUUGGAAAGGCAAGAAUCACCGAUCGCCAACACGUCAUCCUGCGACCAAAUUCAGAGCAUGUAGUGUGGUGCAAAACCCGGAUCGGCCCUGGGGGGCGAGAUUAUGAGGCAAUUCUGGGACCCUGUGACUUUGAUGGACAGCAUCCAUUCAUGGUGGCAUGAACGCUGGCUAAAGUGACACGUGGGAGAGUACCUGUCCGGAUAUUAAACCCACAUAGCUAUCCAGUCUGAUUGUUUCGACACUGUCCGGUGGCUAGAGUAAUUCUGGUAGACUUUCAAGAUGCCAGCAGAAGAAGAAAAAAAGGGCUGUAUUGUCGGUGCACACAGGGAGCAGUGGAUUAAUUUCCACUCUUCCAUAAAACUUAACUUUUAUUAUUAUUCUCAUAAAACAAUAGAUUGCUUUUAUUUAGACUACAAGGUGAGGCGAAACAUAAAGGUUAAAAUCAUUGACAUAGACCAGGGGUGGGCAAUUAUUUCAGCUGAGGGGCCACUUGACGUUUCCUGUCAGUAUCCGAGGGCCACAUACAAAAUAGCAGCUCCCCCCACUUGCCAAAAAUAUAGGGACAUGGCUUCAUGUGGAAGGGGUGUGGGCCAAAAAAUAAUACAGAUUCAUAUUAUGCUGCACAAUAGUCUCCAUUAUUCAAAUUGCGCCACACAGCGCCACCUACACACAUUACACCAGGUAGAGCCCCUUUUACACACAUUACGGCAGGUAGAGCCCCCUUUUACACACUAACAUUUUAUUUCGGAUAAUUAUUGUGCAGCAAGCAAAUUAUCCAGUGUCUUAUGGCCCCUGGGGAAAGGUGUGACACGGUGACAGAACACGGGGGGUGUGACACAGUGACAGAACACGAAGCUGUCAGAGGAACGGCGGAACACGCGUGUGGGCAGCGUGUGUUCGGCGUCCUUCUAUGUCCAAAUCCAAACACUCAAUUAUUAACUAGCCAGCAAACAAUUUAGCAGAUAGAAUGGAAGUAAGAUAUUGAUGUGAAAUGCAGUUAGAAAUUUAGAUCAUAGCACAAAAGAGAAUCAUUUAUACCAUACUGAGGGGCAGAUUUAUUAAGC